GUGGGCGAGAGCAUUGGUGGAAGUUUUCGCAAGAAGUGUUGAUCGUCGCAAUGCAAGAAGGAAUGUGUAUCGCUUCACUUUUGCAAAUUUGGUCCUCUUUAUUAUAAACUUUGCCUUUUUGCAAAGCACAGGACGUUGUGUUAUCAUCAUCUACCGUACUAUCCUCUCGACGUUGCGUAUUCCAUUCAACAUGACCAAGUUCUUGUAUUUUGGAUUCACGGUCUUGGCCGUUUUGGUUUCCGUAACAGACGCCCGGCUUGGCGCAGACGAGGACCGGGAAUUGCAACAGGAUGUGAUUCAGGGUCAACAUGUGAUUACCAACACGUAUCCUUUGAGUCUUUGCCAGGGAGAUUGUGAUAGUGACAGUGAUUGUGGCGAUAACUUGAAAUGCUUCCAUAGACAUGCUGGUGAUCCGCUUCCCCUUUGCAAUAUUGCGGAAGGUGAAGUGACCCAUAGGACAGACUACUGUGUUCCCAUUGGUGCUCCUGAAAGUCUAUUGGGUCCCCCGCUUACCGUGGUUGGAAACAACGGCGAUGGGCCAUUUCCUCUUGGAAAAUGCCAAGGUGACUGCGAUACGAACGCUGAAUGUCAAGAAGGUUUGAUUUGUUUCCAACGAAAUGCCGGUCAGCCGGUUCCUGGAUGUCGUGGAUCGCACAACGCUCGUACCGACUUUUGCAUCGAUCCUGCGGAUCAAGCGGCAUUGGAAGCCAGCAACUUCCCCGUGUCGGCCACCAGAGAUAUGGCAGUCUUUUUGAACUACACCAUUACCCAGAACGAUCGACAGCCCACUAACGCCGAGUAUCAAGCGUUGGGUGUUGAGACGGACAAGUGGUUGACGGACGAAGUGGAUCGUAUCUUUGCCAAUAACAACAAUCAGCUUCACGAUAUCGCUAUUACGAUUGGGAAAGCAGAAUACCUUCCAUCACAAGAAGCCACUCAGCAAAUUCGCUGGAAUGCCAAAAUGACUUGGACCGCUACGAGCGCCAACUAUAUUCCUACCGCGUUUGAGAUUUCGCAGCGCCGCAACAACUUUCAAGUGUUUUCGUACCAGACCGUGUACCUCCAGGCCCUCGAUUCCAGCAAUGUGUUCUUCAACACUGGUAGCGUUGGUUUUGGACUGUCCCCCGCAGAAUUUUAAUUAAUAAGCACUGCAAGUCUGUAGGCAUGAUGCCUGCAUGCCGUGCAAACCGCAAAUAAGGAAAGCAAGAGCUGACGUGUCGACAAGCGGAUGGAAAGAGGGCGGGGGGACCAAUCCGCUCGAGACUUGCUGGCUGUUUGACAAACACAUCAGUCAGUCAGUCAGUCAGUCAGUCAGUCAGUGCAGGCAAGGGCCCAUGUAGCUCUUCCAUAUUCAAUCAAUCAUUCAUAAUAAACUAUAACGAAUACUACAUAUGUUGCUUCGGGUGCUGUCUGCUACGCGUGUUCCAUCCAGCAAGCCCAACCCCGGAGCACAGAGUCUCAGUCUGAACAACACUUGAACCUGUCGCUGGAGCAGGUUAUGAUAGAUCUUUGCAAUACCGUAGUCCAAAACACCUUCACACAACUCCCAGACCCCGGAGCGGCAGCCUGCAGCUCCUCCUGGCUAACCCCACCACUAGCUAGCCAGGAGCAUAACGAGCGAAGAACUACAUGUACAUGUAAGUUUGAUAAGCUGUCAGAGCUAUCAAGUUGUAGUUUGAAUGUUGGAAUUGGAGGGAAGGAGGAAGCUUUCGUACAAACUGGUAAAUCGUAUGUGCAGAAGUCUUAUCGUCUUACCAGUUGGUACAGCAUCAUUGACAUUGUGACCCCUUUCCCUUCUUAUUCGUACUCCUUCACCUUGAGAAGUGGGGUGUAGAUUUAUUGACUUCUUGACAGCCGCAAUGAGAGAACACAAUCGAAUAGAGGAGAGGGGAAGGAAAGAAAAUUGAUGGGGAGAAUUGAUAAUUACGUGUAAUUUCCGUAAUCGGUGAAGAGAAGCUUGUCUUAAAUCUCUUGAUAGUUGAUGGAUUCAGUCAUUGUAAUAGUCAUUAUUGCGACUGAAAUGCCUCACAAGA